UGUCUCCAGGACUAGUGCAGGAUACACUCCUGUGAAACCAGAAGAAGUUUUUGUAGAAAGCCAAUUCAUUUCUUUCUUGUAAAUCUUAACAACUUUUCUCCUCUUCUAAGGACCUGGAAGACUCUCUGUUGCAGGCUUGUGAUCCCACCAGUUCUUUGUCGCUGGCAGACGGUGAUCAUGGCACAAGUUCCAAUGAAUCAUCUGAGCAAUGGUGUUAUACCUCUGCUUGUAGUCUGUCUGUGCAAUCUUCUUGCAGCAAUGGCCAAUAAAGCAAGACCUUGCCCAUGCAACCUUGGAGACAGGUUUGACUAUGAAGGGCGGGGACAUGAAUUUUCUGUCGGACACAUCAGUGCUUACGUGAUCAAGCCUCCUCACCCUACCAGGAAAGCUGUCAUAGUGGUACACGACAUUUUUGGGUGGCAGCUACCAAAUACCAGAUUUAUAGCGGACAUGCUUGCAUCUAAGGGAUAUAUAGCAAUUAUCCCAGAUUUCUUUAAAGGGCAAGAACCUUGGAAACAAUCAAAUGACUGGGCUACAUAUGAUGAUUGGCUAAAAACACGAGAUUCCAAAAAUACCAACAGGGAAACAGACGUUGUCUUGAAAUAUCUGAAGAAACAAUGUCAUGCAAAGGAGAUAGGUGUCAUUGGAUUUUGCUGGGGUGGAGCUGUUGUUCAUCAUUUGAUGUUGAGAUAUUUGGAAUUUAAGGCUGGUGUAUCAAUUUGUGGAAUCAUCAGGUUUCACGAGGACAAUUACGAUCUUAAGAACCCCACCUUUUUCAUGUUUGCAGAGAACGAUGAUUUUGUUCCUCUAGACCAGGUUGCUGAAGUAGAGCGGAAGCUAAAAGAACAAUGCAAAACUGAUUAUGAAGUGAAAAUUUAUCCAGGACAAACCCAUGGCUUUGUACACCGCAAAAGAGAAGACAUUAAUCCUCAAGAUAGGCCUUUCAUCGAAGAAGCAAGGAAGGACAUGCUUAAUUGGCUGAACAGAUACAUCUGACAGUCUGUUAUAUGUUAAUACCAAUAACCAUUAAGAUAUUAGUUCUCCAGACACACUUUUCUAAUUUCUUUGAUGAACAAUUGUGUUGUAGUUCAGUCUGUGAUUGUGUCUGAUGUAAAUGAGGAUGAAAGGUUUUCUGAGCCUGUAUUUGGUGUCAAUGAGA